AUGGGGCCCCGUCUGUGGUGGUCUAUUGGCUCGGGCCUGGUUCUGGACUGGCGGCGAGCUACCCUUACUAGCCGUCCGCAGACCGGCGCUUACGGUGGCCGGAGAUCAUUUCUCGUUCCCCAACGCCCGGAAUGUCACCUAUUGCGGCGGCUGGGGCGCGAGGAGGAUAGCUCGCUCACGCGCUCCGCAUCCUCCUUUCCGAGCAUCACUGCUUCGCAGGAAAAGGAGGCGGCUUCCCAGUUCCUUCUGUUCGAUUAUGGACACCGCCAUAUGUAUGAUAAUAAACUAUUCGGGCCUAUUUACCUUCAUCGUCCAUUGAAUAAUUCUCUUGUCUUCAUCAUCAUCAUCAUCAGGCAGUCUACUGCUAGAGUCCAGGAGCUACAAAAUUAG